UAUGGUUGGAUUGGAGGUGGAUGGCGUCAGUAUAUACAAGGCCGGAGUUGGUUUGGUUGGUCGACCAGUGUACAUGGCUGGAGUUGAGUCGGUCUGUGUGGAGGGCAGGAGGCGAGUGAGUUAACGUACAGCCCCAGGGAGACAGCCAGGACCCUGCAUGAGGUGUUGGGCCACCGCCCGGCCGUCGGACAGCGUCAACAAACGCCGUGAACAGUGACGAGGUCCCCAGCCGCCAUAGCGACGCGGGCCCGAGCCGCAGUCAAACACAAACUCGGUGUAACAACCCAAUGUAGCGACUCGUUGUAGCGAGCGGCAACAAUGUAGCGACUCGUUGUAGCGAGCGGCAACAAUGUAGCGACGCAGCCACCGCCGCCUCCACGAAUGCAGCCAACAUCUUUUUUUAAAUAGUAUUUCACUUAUCCCAACCCCUCCAGCUAUUUUCUUUUCUCUCUCUCGCUUUCUCGGUGUGAAUGGAUGAGUCGUGUCCCUCCCCGGAGCUUGUGGAUCGGCACCGCGUCCCGGGAGGAAGAGCGGCGGCGGCGUUGGCGACAAUCCUCGCCUCCCCACGAUGGUAACACCAGGCGACAAGCUUUCUCUUUCUUUAUCCCUGCCUGAUGUAGUGCUUCCGCCUCGGCUCAAGGAACGCCUCCGUGAGUUCACCGUUUUCCGAGCACGCUGCCGGCCGCGGAGAAACUGACUCGUGUUGUGGUUCCUGUUUCAAAAAAAAACUUCUCACGGGCGCCCCUGUUGUCUCGUUCUCUCUCCCUCUCCCCCCACCCCCAUCGGGAGAGAGGAGAAGGCCGCUCGUAGCUCGGCUCACAUUUUUACCUCCGACACACACAAACACUCUCGGAGAGAAAUCUAGAGUGAAGGGGCGGUGAAGAGGAGAGGAGAAUAAACUUUCUGUCGGCCGAAAUAAGAGGAUGCAUGAAGGGGAGAGGCCAGAGACCGCUCUGCCGAAGAGAGGGAACAAGAUGUCGGCCCCAUGUCGGAAGGCAGAGAUAUUUUGUUCCAUUUCUCUUGUCUCCAGCCAGUUCACACAAGAAAUUCUACCCAUCUUGCGUCGCGCCUAUCUAGAUGAAACGUCGCUGGAUUAUUUUCAUUACAGCCAAGUGACCGUGGUAAACAAUACAAAGCUGCUGCAUCAGCACAAUGAAUGGCUGUUGGAUAAGGAGCAGAGGGGGAACACCAAGGAGGAGCUUGCAACAUCCUUUGCUUUUUUAAUGUUUGACACUGAAGAUCAGGCAAAAGCAGUCUGCCGCAACGGAUUGGAGACUGGGAGCAGUGACAUUACAACACUUGGAGAUCCGGCGAAUGGAGUGUAUCUUUGUAAAUUUUCCGACUUCCUUCGCCCUACGCCGUGGAACCAUGGGAAACAAGGCUAUAUUGUUGUAUUUAAAAUAAUUAAGGGUAGAGUGAAGACUGUGACUGAAAACUACACUUCUGAUUUCACCAGACCAACUCCUGACUACACUUGCCAUGUUUCAACCAACUGUGAUAAGGUUUCUUCCAGAAACAGCUGCUUCCAGGCUUUUGAACUGACACAGUACUACCUGUAUGAUCCUGACCAGCAUGAAGGCCGGCAUUGCCCUCGUCACGUCUGCCCGUUCGCGAUUGUGGCAUUUCAGUACCGUGACUACAAGUGCAAUUCAGCAGAGUCCGGAGAGAAUAACACAGACGCUGCAAAAAUUCAAGCAGUGCUGUACUACCCAUGGAGAGGAAAGCUCGUCAGCAAAUCCAACGAGAUCAGUGUGGCUCUCAAGUCGAACGGCAGUGCAUUGAUGCCGGUUGCUUUACCGACCAAUCUUGAAAUUGAACGCAUGAUCAAGAUUGAGGAACUAAAACUCAAACUGCCCCAGGCUGUUUUUGCACCAGAAAACUACACACGGAAAGAAGUCUGUUUGGAAGGAUUAUACUGCAGUUGGUAUGAGCUGGUGGAAUCCCUGGAAGAAGGCAACACCUCUCAACUGGGCACUCUGUUGGCUGAAUUGGAAGAGAAGAACUUGGCAAUCGUAAAAUGCUUACAGGACCAGGGGCUCCUUAUAUUGUUCAGCCAUCCUGUUUGCAGCACGACGGGAGUAAGCAGCAAGAUUGCCCCGUGCACAAUACAGGCUGUCUUCAUUUUUAAAUCGCCAAGAAUAUCACAUCUUAAAGCAGAUGUUGGCCAGCAAACCCGCCCUCGACAGCGCUCUCCUUUCUCGGCUAAGAUAACGCCGCUCCUCCCGGCUGUUGACUACGCGCUGGCGGCAGGCCAGGGUCUGGCAGGGGACCAGGAGACUCCGCGCAACAAGUCGGUCGAGGACCGCCUGGGCGAAUACUUCGAAAUGUCGUCGGAGGUGCCGCGGAAUUCCCGCCAGUCGUGCCGGAUCGCGGGCGGCGUCCCUCCGCUCUCGGACGGGGACUCGGCGGCCGAGGGAGGGUCGGCCAGUCCCGGAGACUGCCAGGGGUCGGCGACCUCCCAGCUCUCCCCCUACCUGGCCGACCCCGCCAGCUACAUACUCCCCGUGGCGACUGUUUUGAAACUGCGGGCAAACUACCUCAAGUUGUGCCAGAGCUCCGGCGACAAGCACAAGGUUCCGCGCACUUCGAGAGCAGCGUCCGCGGCGCCCCGGGCGAAAGACAGCCUUAACCCAGGGCAGGUACGCGGCCGAAGCCCCAGGACUCGGUGCCGACCGGCAGACGGUGACACCCCCAGAUCUGGGGCGAAGUUGAAGGUGAAGGUGGUGAAGGCGACGGCAAAGGAGCCGGCAAACGGAGACCCAGGGGCCGACGCGGGAAAAGCAAAACCAACCAGCAAACCCGUGACGGGCAAAGCCGUCGGCAAGGGUGCCGGCAAGGCGAGGAAUAAAGCCAGUGCCGCGACCACCGCGGUUGGCCGAAAGCCCGCCAAAGUGGCAAAGUCGGCAAUCCUGGCCAGUGGUGAUGGUGGUACCAGCAAUCCCGCUUCCCCCGGUCCGGGCCGAACGACCAGGUCUCUGUCUGCCCGCGCUAAGAGGGCAGCGGCGGAAGAGCUGGCCAAGGGCAGCACGGCAGGGCAGCCUGCCCCCGCGGAGGUCAACGGUGAGGAGGUGAAGGAGACCGGAGAGCCUCUUAAACCCAGCCCGGCAUCCACCGCCAAGGCAAGGAAGAUGGUGACAAGGAGGGCCGGGGCAAAAAAACAGAAACCACAAACAGGAUUGGACACCGAGCAGAAUUCAAGGUACGGUGUCUGUACCUGGAGCUUUGUCGAGGGCCAGUCUGGUGACAGCCCGUCCACCUCCCUGCAACCCUUCACCUUGGCCAUCAGCCAGAACGAGUCGCAGUCGCAGAACGGUUUGGAGGUGGGGAACUGGCAACUGGAAAAGGGCCUGGAAACGGACGCGCUGAGCAUCCUCGCAGACCUUGCGAUUAGUUCCUCCAUCAACUCGCUGCCAAGAUCCCAGCAGGAACACGCCUUGCACCUUGCGUCUGGCCUGAGCGCGCCCAACAUUGGGGGCGACAGGCGGUCGGACUGCCCCCCCAAUCCGCCUGCCGGCGUGGAGUUAAACGCGGCCGAGGGCAGCCAAGCAGGGGGCGGGUCCGUCUCUGCGACGUUCGGGGGGGCGCCAGGCGUCGCGGCCGUCUCUCCCUGCGCGGAAACGUCGCAGGUUCCCAGCCCCAGGGCCCAGGCUGGGGUUCGGGCGCAGAAGGAGCAGGCGCGCAAGACCCCGGCCCCUCGACGCAUCGCCAUGUUAGUGGCGGACCACUCGUACAGCCGGCCGCCCGGGGCGAGGGAGGCCGUGCGUUUGGCCGUGGCCGAGCUCGUGCAGGAGGAUGACUACGCCGCCGCCAUCGGUCAAUGCACGUCGGCGCCGCUCAAGAGAAGGCGGAGACGGAUGCGCCCCAAGGUGGCCGCUAAGGUGGCCGCUAAGGUGGCCGCCAAGGUGGUGGCCGCCAAGGGCGAGGAGCGGGGCUACGAGGAAGGGACGUUGGUGGGGAGGGUUCUGCCCUUCAGGCGAGAAGACAGCAGUGGGAUAAAUGUCCCCGUCCCAGACCCGCAGAAGGAGGGUGAUGCCAUCUCAAAACUUGCCUGGGCUCCUGAUCACAACCUGACAGAAGCGGGGCAGAGCAGGUUCGAUGAAACCUUCCAGCAGUCUCGCUGCGUGCAGGAGGAGAAGAACACCGUGAAGGUGACGUUUGAGUGGAAAGGACCUUAUCUGUACCAGUGGGACAGCAAGUAUACCAAUGAUCCCAAGGAGAAGUCUGUCAAUCGGGCAUUGCAUGGGCUUUGGGACCCAGCCAUCCAGGAGACAAUGAGAGACGUGAAGCUUAUUCUGCACAUGUGGAUGGGCCUGUUUUACACCAAGUCCAGCGCGGUGCUGCGGACCUCGGUGCGGAUGGUGCAGAACAGCGCGGGGCCCGACGGGGAGCAGACUGCGGUGCUGGACCUCGCCACCAGCGAGAGCGAGGCCGAGCGCGAGGCCGAGCCGGUCACGCCCACCGUGAUCAGGAGGGUGGAGAAGCUCCCGGACCUCGCCGCGCGCCACGGCGGGGAGGAGCCAGCGUCCGGCGAGGAACCGGCCCCGGGGGGAGACGUCGGGGAGGGUGACGACAAUGAAACGACGGCGGCGGCUGCAGCAACUCCCACGCCCAGCCCUGACCUCGAACCAACCGCAAGCACUUUGGCCGAGGAAGAACCAUGCAGCAACCAGGAGCCUUCAGAUGAUGUGAACGGCACAAGGUCUGAAAGUGAGCCUCGGGAGCAGAGUUUGGAUCAGGGAUCAACUCCUAUAUCAGAUGAAAGUCGUGCUGCUGAGAUAAUGCAACACCACAAUGUCCCAGAUAACACAGAUGAUACAGUUGGAAAUUUGGCAGAAAGCAAUUUCAUUGAAACGGGUCCGGCCAUGGAACAAGCUGAAAUGAUUCUGCAAGAUUCACAGAACGAGCCCGAAGAUGAAAGUCGUGCAGCUGAAAUAAUGCAACCCCACAAUGUCCCAGAUAACACAGAUGAUACAGUUGGGAAUUUGGCAGAAAGCAAUUUCAUUGAAACGGAUGCGGCCAUGGAACAAGCUGAAAUUAUUCGGCAAGAUUCACAGGACGAGCCCGAAGAUGAAAGUCGUGCAGCUGAAAUAACGCAACACCACAAUGUCCCAGAUAACACAGAUGAUACCGUUGGAAAUUUGGCAGAAAGCAAUUUCAUUGAAACAGGUGCGGCCAUGGAACAAGCUGAAAUUAUUCGGCAAGAUUCAGAGGAGGAGCCCAAAGAUGAAAUAACGCAAUACCACAAUGUCCCAGAUAACAUAGAUGAUACUGUUGGAUAUUUGGCAGAAAGGAAUUCCAUUGAAACAGGUCCGGCCAUGAAACAAGCUGAAAUUAUUGUGCAAGAUUCACAGGACGAGCUCGAAGAUAAAAGUCGUGCAGCUGAAAUAAUGCAAGACGACAUUGUCCCAGAUAACACAGAUGAUACAGUUGGAAAUUUGGCAGAAAGCAAUUUCAUUGAAACAGGUGCGGCCAUGGAACAAGCUGAAAUUAUUCGGCAAGAUUCACAGGACGAGCCCGAAGAUGAAAGUCGUGCUGCUGAGAUAAUGCAACACCACAAUGUCCCAGAUAACACAGAUGAUACAGUUGGAAAUUUGGCAGAAAGUAAUUUCAUUGAAACGGGUCCGGCCAUGAAACAAGCUGAAAUUAUUCGGCAAGAUUCACAGGACGAGCCUGAAGAUGAAUGUCGUGCAGCUGAAAUAAUGCAACACCACAAUGUCCCAGAUAACACAGAUGAUACCGUUGGAAAUUUGGCAGAAAGCAAUUUCAGUGGAACAGAUCCAUCCAUGAAAGAAACUGAAAUUAUUCGGCAAGAUUCACAAGACGAGCCCGAAGAUGAAAGUCGUGCAGCUGAAAUAAUGCAAGACGACAACGUCCCAGAUAACACAGAUGAUGCAGUUGGAAAUUUGGCAGAAAGCAAUUUCAUUGAAACGGGUGCGGCCAUGAAACAAGCUGAAAUUAUUCGGCAAGAUUCACAGGACGAGCCUGAAGAUGGAAGUCGUGCAGCUGAAAUAACGCAACACCACAAUGUCCCAGAUAACACAGAUGAUACCGUUGGAAAUUUGGCAGAAAGCAAUUUUAGCGAAAUAGAUCCUCUCAUGAAAGAAGCUGAAAUUAUUCGGCAAGAUUCACAGGACGAGCCCGAAGCCGCAGAGAACCAGAGUCCGUCGGCGUCUUCCUGUCCGGAUUCGAUGGUGGAGAAGCCCAGAAGUGUGGACAGCGGCGGUGGGCUUGCGAUUGAGUGUGGCCAGUGGGGUAUCAUUCGGCAGUCUUCGGUGAUCAGAGAGCUGCUGCGGACUAAGCCCCAAGCACAGCUGCCGCCUCCCAGCACCAUCCCCAGCGGCGCGGUCCCUCCAGCGAGCCGCCCGAGCUCGCACGAGCGAGGUGAAAGCAGACUUCACAGCCAAGGCUACGAUCAUCUCGGCAGCAGGGAGAAGAGAACUCGCCGGGAUGAAGGAGCGAGUCCGCCUGGGAGAGGUUUGCCGGGGGAUGAAUCUGACUGCGAUUCCGCCACAUCGGAAAGCCCCGGUCCUACAAGGGACGCGCAAAGUCGUCCCGAGACGUCAGACACGAGCGGCCACGGCGACAGCAGCGGAGCGGACGCCUGCAGUCCCAUGCAUGUCGCAGGGUGGGCUCCGGGGAAUGAGGCUGACGACUACUGGGUUGGGAAUGGUGCUGGCGAUCGGAAAAGCGGAGACGAUGCAGAAACGUUCCGCAAGGGACCUGCUUUGGGAGCGGCUCACCAACUUCAGGACCGCGUGGAGUUUUUCGCCACAAACGAGGGUCACAGACACCUGAUAAAACACACCUCCCACUCAAACCUCCCAUCCAGAACAGAUACACCUCCCAUCCUCAGGCACAUCUCCCACCCACAUCUCUCACCCCGAGCAGAUUCACCUCCCAUCCUCAGACGCAUCUCCCGCCCACACCUCUCACCACGAUCAGAUACACCUCCCUUUCACAUCUUCCAUCAACGUCUCCCAUCCAGAGCAGAUAGACCUCCCAUCCACAAACGCACCUCUUCCCACCCACACCCAUCCAGAACAGAUAGACCUCCCAUCCCCAGACACACCUCCUCCCACCCACAGCAAAGCUUGCAGCAGGAAGAUGGGUUUGAAACUGUGGACCACUACACCAACUUUGACACCGAGCCCGAACGAGCGGUUCGUGGCCGCGGUGCGUCCAAGCGAGCUCUGGUGGCCGGCGAAGGUUUCUUGGAAGGUCCAUGCGGUGAAGUCCAGCCGGGCGGCGGGCCCUUUGUAGAAGAGGACAGGGUCGGUCACACAUCGCACAGCCGGCCAGCCAGAGUGAAAGUUUCCACGGGCAAAGAGAGGUCCCGCUGUGCCAGGGGUGCGGGGGAGAGGGGGCGAACGUCGACCAGGAGGGGGGUUGAGGAAUGGGAUUAUCCACCCAGUGGAUUCGCAGAAGAUGUCCCCCUUGUCCAGCCACAGCCUCCGGCAUUCAUUAAGAUCCCCGACUCCGCCACAGAAGGCUACAAAGUCUUCCAGAACGUCCGCGUCACCACCAGACAUCACCAAACUCCAGCUGGUACUUGUCGGGGUGAAAGGGCGGCCAGGAUGCCUGGUGGCAGGUUGGAGCAGCAGAGGUCCCGGGCCAGCGGACCCCUGCCCUGGGGAGCGCCGGGCGGGGAAACCUGCCGCCGCCGCCGACGCCGCAAAGGCAGCCCCAUCCGCAGAACCCUCGACCUGGAGUUCAUCCACUUCUCCCGCAAUCUCCAGCGGCUGCUGGACGUCAGCAGGUCGGACGCCCCCCGGCAACAGGACAUGUUCCCCAGGGGCGGGACAGCCCGGCGGAGGAAGGGCGGCAGCAACGGGCUGGGGUGGGACGAGAGCGAGCCCCCGCUGGCCGUGACGAUAUCUUGCCCGGCGGUCAGCGGCCGGAGACGUCCGGGCAAUAAUAACAACAACAACGACGACUCCAGCACCGCCGGCCCUCAGCAGCAGCUGCUGAGCAGCGGGGAGGGGUGCAGUAGGGACUGGCUGCGCGAAGGAGCCACUGCUGCAGCUGCACCCUUCCGCCAGCCCAAAGACCACCACAGCCGCUGCAAGCGGCGAUGGAGAGCCCCCCAUCCCCAAGCGCCGGGCCGCGCGGGAGGAGAAGGCGAGGAGCAAGCUGAGAGAUGGUCAAAGAAGCGGCGCACCGCCCGGGAGAGGGCUCCCCGGCCCGAGGAGAUGCGGAGAGAGGGGGGCCUGGGCGAGAGGUGGAACAGGCGGGACCCCACCCUGUGCCCAAUGGCCAAUGUCAACCACCGCGACUUUCACCACAGCUCGCUCGCCCUGCGAAAGGAAGAGCAGAAAGCCAGCUACAAAUUUUAUGUCUACCAGACAAACUCUGACCCAUUCUUUCAGGAAGUUAAGGACUUUCUGAAGAAGGAAGGCCACAGGGAGAUAAGCUUUAUGCAUCUCUCAGCGAUACACUCCCACCAAUCUGGCAAAGUGCUUGUUAUUAUCCAGAACAAAGACGUUGAAACACACCUGCACCAGAUUCCGUACCUGCUGAAGUUGAAGCGGAUGCCGCGUGUUCAGUUUGCUGGGGUGGAUUCUCCCAGGGACCUCAAAGACCAGACCUAUCGAGAGUUAUUUACCUCAGGAGGCUUCAUCGUUUCCGAUGGAAACGUGCUGGACAUAAUUACUCCAGAGCAAUUGCAGCAGAUCUCUGACCUGCUGGAGGAGGUUGGCUCCGAGUCUGAAUGGAAGUGGAUGGUACAUUUCAGAGAGCUCAAAAAGCUGAAGGACUUGGCAAGGGAGGACAGUGCAGCCAGAUGGAAGAUUUCCCUACUGAGUCGAAAUAUUGAAGCAAAUAUUGUGGAAGUUCUGCCUUUCCACGGCUGUGAUUCGAAGUGCCAGACAAAGUACGACUACCUCGAUUGCCUCAUCAAACUACAGCUUCAGAGAAUAAGCUCCAGGUUCGCAGUGUUCCUCUCAGCUAAACCAGAGAAUGGAGAAGUCUUCGCGCAAAAAGGCAUUAUUGUUAUGGAUGUAAACAACUUCGCUAAGGAUUUAAGGAUCCUAAGUACGCCUUUACCAAGUACCUUGGUCGCAGAAAAUGCUAUUGAGGAUGAAGAUUACGACUCCACAGCAACCCAGGAAAGCACAGCCACACAUACUUCACAAAUGGAUCCUGACAUGUUCUGAGUUGUGAUUUUAUUUACGAGUGGUAUGCCAAAGCUAUAGUUGGGGAUUGGGGAGUCUUUUCGGUGAUUGUGGUGUUUUGGAAAACCAGGAAAAAUAUCUUUUUUUUUGUCCACGAUUGUGUAUGCAUUUCCAAUCUUUCCCUUGCCGUUGGUGUGAGCGAAUUAUUUUUCUGAAUCUUUGUCUGGUCUUGGCAACCUGUUUAAAAAAAAAUUAGCAAAAGCUUGGUUCUGGUAUUCUGCCAGCUUUGCAGAAGAAUGAGCAUUUUGUGGGUAAGAGGAUUGUCAUUCUCAUUAUCCUUCUUCUUGCAUUAUUAACUUUUGGGGAUACAAACCCCCUCUCCCCCAACCGUCUACAGCAGGUUCAUGGAGAUACAAGAAUAAUUAUCUUGCAUGCAACUCAUUUACACAGCUGCAAACCCAUUGGAAUAGAGACCCUACCACAUUUAGUCAGUACCCCUUAAGUCUCAGCACAAAUUUGAACAAGAUUAAUCUGUAAAGUACCUCCAAUUUACCUGGCUAUAAUAUUUUGAUUUAUUAAUGUUAUGGAAUAUAAUUUCCUACUGGCAAAUAAUCAAAUGGGUGGUCAUCCACCCAGUUUUAAAUUGUAAUUGAUACUGUUGAGUAAGGCAAUAUGUUUUUAGUCAGUGCUUAACACUGCUUUUUGAGUUAGUUAUAUCCCUGCAUCAGGCAGUUUUUUCCCCCCAACUAAUAGGUAAGCUCCAUGAGUUUGAUUGUCCUUCCACAUUCCCCUGUUAAAAAUGGUUGGAUAGAAAUAACUUGAUACAAACCUUCAGAUUUCUCUAGUGUUUGUUGGAAAGUCUUAACAAAGAUAGCAAUAGAAAAGGAAUCCAUAUUCCUCCUUGGUAGAGCUACCAUAUUUGAUGAAUUUUAUUUGUUAAUGCACCUGGUUAUGUAUUUUUAACCUGCAUUGGUUCACACUAAAAUGACUUAACUAAAUGGUGGAAUGUAUAUUUUUAUAUUUAUUUGUAAACUUGUACAUAUUUAAUCAGUGUCAAAAUAAAAAAUAUUUGUAUUCCAAACGUU